GCGCCCGUUUGUCUGCCGAUUUCCGGCGGCGCGGUCGGUCGGCCGGUCGGCCGGUCGGUCACACGUGUGUACGGCUCGGGCAUGAACGUUUUGUUGUGUUUAUAUGCGCACACAAUGCACCGACAAUACCCUCCGAAGCCCUGCGGCGAUCAUCAUUUCACUAUCAACUCGUUUUCGGUUUGGUCGUGCAUUUGUGCAGCAGCAACGUCGCGCGCGUCUUUUACGCGUCACCGUCACAUUUUCGUGUCCGCAGCCCUUUUGCACAAAUAAUAUUAUACGCUCGCGGGACCGCCAGUUAACCGUCUGAACGUUAUUGUCACUAUAUACAACAUAAACGCGGCUGGCUGGUACGCCGAACGGCGAAGUGCGUGUAACACGACAUCCGUCCGCGAGUAAUAUGAUACUGUGUUUUUUGGUCAUAACACAGCUAUAUAUUUUCGUCGUCGACUCAACGCACACGGUUUUUUUUCUGAAACGACGUCAACAGCAUCACACUGCACCAGAUACAAUGAUUAUUUUACUAAUAUUAUUGUCUAUGCUACACACCGGAUUGACGGCCAUUGCCGGAAAUGAUGAAGUGGAAAAAAAUUUACUUACAAAAUUAGGUUUAAGCCGAAGACCUGUGGUAAAGGAAAACAUUAAGAUACCAUCUGCCACUAUGGAGCUGUAUAAAUCGAUGUUAGAACAAAAUAUGACAACACAUUUUGCUCUUCCUGGUUUGCACACAACGUCUGCUAAUACUGCUAGAGCUUACUUCAACAAAGGAUCAGCUCCAAUUAAUGCUAAGACUAAAAAAUAUAGACUACAGUUCGAUAUAGAUUCCUUACCGGAACAAGACCAGGUUAAAGCUGCUGAAGUUCGUUUUACAAUGAAGUAUGAUAAAGUACUACAAAAUGAAGAAUUUAUUUAUGUGAUUAUACAUGAUAUAAUUCAACCUGGCACAAAAGGUCUAUCAAAACCUAUUCUCAGAGUUAUCGAUUCCAAAUCAAUUAAUAUGUCAACGAUUUCAAAGACCGAAAGUUUUGACGUAACACCUUUUGUAGAAAGACUGUCGAAGAACAAGUUCAAAGAUAACCAUGGUAUGUUAGUACAAUGCGUCACGGAGUCUGGUAGUCACACACAUUUGCUAAGCGUAUUUGAUUUUUUAUCACCUGAAAAUACAUUACUAUUGGUCUAUACCGAUGACGGAACAAUUAGCGAGAAGAGCUCGAUGGAACGGAUAUUGCAGCGGAGCAAACGGUCGACAGACGAAGUUGGAGGGUCGCAGAAGAAAUCGAAAAAGAAGAAGAUCUGUCAACGGUAUUCGAUGUAUGUAGACUUCAAAGACAUCGGGUUCAGUGAUUGGAUCCAAGCUCCUCCGGGAUAUAACGCGUUCUACUGCCAUGGAGAGUGUACGUUUCCGUUGGCUAAUCAUAUUAACGCGUCUAACCACGCGGUAAUGCAAACGCUGAUAAACUCGUAUAAUCCGGCUGCAGUUUCCCGGGCGUGUUGCGUACCGACCAAGCUGAGUACUCAGACAUUGCUCUACGUGGACGACGAUGGAAAGUUGGUAGUGAAAAACUACCCGGAAAUGACCGUUGAGGAGUGCGGAUGUAGAUAAUAGCGGUAGUUAUGUACACGAUGGCUAUAAUUUUCGAUUCAACGUCAUAACCUACCCACAGUAACUGUAUUAAGAUACCUGAACGUAUACGUACAUCUAGAAUAAUUUGCUAAGCAUACUCUCUCACAAUUAUUUAAAAUCUGAUUUUUGAAAUUUUAUAAUUAUAA